GAAAGGGGAAAGAUGCUUCUGGAGCUUCAGAGACGCCCGCCAACGAGGCGUCAACGGAACCCGCAUGCCCAGAGAGGGAAAAGGCCGGCCCCGCGCGCGCGCAUGCGCGGGAGUCAGCCCGCGACGGCCGAAGGGGCGGGGGGCGCUGUGGGUUCCAAGAGAGGCGCCUCGGCCUCCGCCUCCGCCUGCUGCCGCGCCUGGAGCAUGUUGUCACGUCCGGCGGGGCGGCUCACUGCGUCCGGGUCAGCUGCUGCUACCGCAGCGGCGCUGCUGCGGCCGGGGGACCGGGCGUGAGUCUCCACCGCCGGCCGAGGGGAGCGGGCUCCGCUCGGCACCGCUUUCUGCGACCUGGCCGUCAGCCCGACGUCGCCGGCCUGGAGGGACGCAGAGGACGAGGGGGCCAAGGCUUCCUCCGGGGACAUUGGCUCUCUGGAUUAUCAGGAGUCUGUAGUUGACAUUGAAUCCAGGCUGAGGAUGGAAGGUGUAGAACUUAAAGAAGAAUGGCAAGAUGAAGACUUUCCAAUACCUUUACCAGAAGAUGAUAGUAUUGAAGCAGAUAUACUAACUGUAACUGGACCAGAGAGCGAGCCUGACUCACUAGAAGUUAAUGGAAAUAAAGCAAGAAAGAAACUAAUGGCUCCAGACAUUAGCCUUACACUGGAUCCUAGUGAUGGCUCUGUUUUGUCAGAUGAUUUGGAUGAAAGUGGGGAGAUUGACUUAGACGGCUUAGACACCCCAUCAGAGAACAGUAAUGAGUUUGAGUGGGAAGAUGAUCUUCCAAAACCAAAAACUACUGAAGUUAUUAGGAAAGGCUCAAUUACUGAGUACACAGCAGCAGAGGAAAAAGAAGAUGGACGACGCUGGCGUAUGUUCAGGAUCGGAGAACAGGACCACAGGGUUGAUAUGAAGGCAAUCGAACCCUAUAAAAAAGUUAUCAGCCAUGGAGGAUAUUAUGGGGAUGGACUAAAUGCCAUUGUUGUGUUUGCUGUCUGUUUUAUGCCUGAAAGUGGUCAACCUAACUAUAGAUACCUGAUGGACAAUCUCUUUAAAUAUGUUAUUGGCACUUUGGAGCUGUUAGUAGCAGAAAACUACAUGAUAGUUUAUUUAAAUGGUGCAACAACUCGAAGAAAAAUGCCCAGUCUGGGAUGGCUCAGGAAAUGUUAUCAGCAAAUCGAUAGAAGGUUACGGAAAAACCUAAAAUCUCUAAUCAUUGUACAUCCCUCUUGGUUUAUCAGAACACUUCUGGCUGUUACAAGACCAUUUAUUAGCUCAAAAUUCAGCCAAAAAAUUAGAUACGUCUUUAAUUUGGCAGAACUAGCGGAACUUGUCCCCAUGGAAUAUGUUGGCAUACCAGAAUGCAUAAAACAGUAUGAAGAAGAAAAGUUAAAAAAGAAACAAAAAAGAGUUGAUCAAGAGCUUAAUGGAAAACAAGAUGAACCGAAAAGUGAACAGUAAGUUUGGCAUCUAGUCCAAACAAGACUGAAGAAUGUGCUGAUGAAGCAAUGCUUUUUUUGCAUUUAUAAUGCACUUAUUGGCCCAUAUUUUUAUGUAAUCUGUUAGAAAAUUGACUUGACUUUUCCUAAUGGACUCAAGGGACUGUUCACUGCUGUAUUGGUUUGCAAGUUAUCUUGAAUUUAGCUCAUUAAUAGCUAACUACAUUGUAAUCGUUUUAUAUGUUAUAUUGCUACAUAGCAGAGAACCACACUUUAUAUAAAGCAGUUUUUGCAUUUGUUUAUUGAAUGAUGCAUUUUCUUCAGUAAAAUAUUUAUAUGCAUAAAUGGUAAAGGAAAGAAAUAAUAUAUAUUUUUAUGUUUUUGAGCAAUAUUUUUUAAUAUGUACCUGUCUUGUGGGAAAAUGUGCAGGUAAAUAAGACCAUGAUUUUGUAAAGUGUGUAUUAGGAUUUUUGUUUUUGUAAAUGGUUAAGUACAUUUCCUGGGUAACUUAGAAAAUUAAGUUGCUCAUAAGGUGAGGGACAGUUAAACUGAUUCUCACAAUACCCAAAGAUCAUGUAUAUACUCUAAGUAGAUUAGUACCAUCACAAGCAUCUUUCUCAUUUAUAUAUUAUUAAUUCAAAGUGCAUUGCACACUUUUUCCUUUUUAAACUUAAAGACAAGUCAAAAAGCCAUUUUUAGAACUAGAGAAUUUAAGAAGCGAGAAAUUGGGGGUUUUAUACAUGUAUAUAUGGGACAUUUUAUCUUCUGGCCCAAAGCCAGAACUUUUAUAAAAAUCUUGAGUUUGUUCACUAAUGUGAAAUAAGCUGUGUGUCCAGGGUAUUGCUCCCCUGAAGGCGAGUGCUGUGUAGUUUUGCAGAGACUGUGAUCACAAAAAGUUGUGAUCACUAUCACAGCUUUUUCUGUAGAAAACAGGGGCUGCUUUUUAAACUGUUCUCACUGUGGGCACUUUACCAAAAUACUUCCCAUAUCAGUUAUUUGAACUCAAGAGUUGUAUGACCUAGUCAAAUAUGGUGUGCUUUCAAGUUUGUAUUGAAUAAUGUUUCACAAUACUGCAAAUUAGGUUAAUUUUGUAAGUCUUUAUUAUGUCAUUAUAUUGUACAAAGCAUAUAAAUUGUUUCAUAUGUUAAAUACCUUUACAUUGAAAUAAAUUGUGUUUGUGCCUCCAAA